AUGUUCUUCUCCUUCAUUUUUGUUAGCACGUCUGAGGCAAAACUUGUGGAUGACAUUGCUGUUGACUCAUUCAAGAAGCUGAAUGAUUUGGCUCCGAGUGGGAACGAAGGUCUCGUGGGAAUGGAAUCACGUCUGAAGAUUCUUGAGAAGCUUUUAUCAUGCGACGAGUUAGAUUCUGUUCAUAUCGUAGGCAUUAUUGGAAUGGGUGGGAUCGGUAAAACUACUCUUGCUGAUUGCUUGUAUGGACGAAUGCGAGGACAGUUCGACGGUGGCUGCUUUCUUACAAACAUCCGUGAAAAUUCAAGCAGAAGCGGAUUAGAGUCUCUGCUGCAGAAACUCUUCUCUACGUUACUAAAUGAUAGAGAUCUUGAGAUUGGAGCUCCUGGAAAUGCGCAUGAGAAAUUUGAGCGCAGGCUUAAGAGCAAGAGGCUGCUUAUUGUGCUUGAUGAUGUGAAUGAUGAAAAGCAAAUAAAAUAUCUUAUGGGGCAUUGCAAAUGGUAUCAAGGAGGAAGUAGGAUCGUUAUAACUACUAGAGAUAGUAAACUGAUAGAGACGAUCAAAGGACGAAAAUACGUGCUUCCGAAGUUGAAUGAUAGAGAAGCCUUGAAGCUCUUUAGCUUGAAUGCAUUUGGUGAAUCUUGUCCUUUGAAAGAGUUUGAGAGUUUGACAAAUAUGGCUUUGGAUUAUGCUAAAGGCCAUCCUUUGGCUCUUAAGGUGUUAGGGUCUGAUCUUUGUGAGAGAGAUAAUCUCUACUGGGAAGCGAGAUUGGAUAGACUGAAAAGUAAAUCACAUGGAGAUAUCUACCAAGUUCUGGAAACAAGCUAUGAGGAGCUUAGCAUUGAGCAGAAGAACGUUUUUCUGGAUAUUGCAUGUUUCUUCAGAUCAGAGAAGGUGGAUUACGUGAAAAGCCUUCUGAGCGGUCAUGGUGUGGAUGUGUCUAGCGUGAUAGAGGAUCUCGUUGACAAAUGUUUGAUCACUCUCUCUGAUAAUCGCAUCGAGAUGCAUGACAUGUUGCAGACGAUGGGCAAGGAGAUUAGCGUAAAAGCAGAGACCAUAGGAAUAAGAGACUUUAGGUGGCUACCACGAAAUGGCACCCAGUGCCAGUCUCAUAUCAGACUAUGGAACAGUGAAGAUAUUUGUGACCUUCUGACCAAAGGCAUGGGAACUGACAAUAUAAGGGGGAUUUUUCUUGACACAUCAAAACUAGGAGCGAUGCGUCUAAGUGCCAAAGCCUUCAAAGGAAUGUACAAUCUCAAAUACCUGAAAAUAUAUGAUUCUCGUUGUUCUCGUGGAUGUGAAGCGGAGUUUAAACUGCGCUUGCGAAAGGGGCUUGAUGUCCUUCCUAAUGAGCUUACAUAUCUACACUGGCAUGGAUACCCGCUACGGAGUAUCCCUCUGGACUUCGACCCCAAAAACCUUGUAGACCUUAAAUUGCCACAUAGUGAAUUAGAAGAGAUUUGGGACGAUGACAAGGAUGCUGGAAUGCUAAAAUGGGUCGAUCUCAGUCACUCCUUGAGUUUACGCCGGUGUUUAGGUUUGGUUAAUGCUCAAAAUCUCGAGAGAUUGAAUCUAGAAGGAUGUACAAGCUUGAAAAAGUUGCCAUCUUCGAUGAAUUGUCUGGAUAAGCUUGUUUACCUUAAUCUCAGGGAAUGCACAAGCCUUAAGAGUCUUCCACAAGGAAUGAAAUCUCAAUCCUUGGAAACUCUUAUUCUCAGUGGCUGCUCCAGCUUGAGGAAAUUCCCAAUGAUCUCAGAAAAUGUUGAAGUUCUACUUUUAGAUGGCACAGCUAUAAAAAGCCUACCUGAGUCCAUCGAAGCCUUGAGAAAACUUGCUUUGCUGAAUCUGAAGAACUGCAAAAAGCUGAAGACACUUUCUUCUGAUCUUUAUAAUCUGAAGUGUCUACAAGAGCUAAUACUCUCAGGUUGCUCAAAACUAGAAGUUUUUCCAGAAAUCAAGGAAGACAUGGAAUCAUUGGAGAUUUUACUUAUGGAUGAUACAUCCAUCACAGAGAUGCCAAAGAUGAUGCAUUUGAGCAAUAUCAAGACAUUUUCUUUAUGUGGAACAAAGAGUCAAGUUUCUGUUAGUAUGUUCUUCUUCUUGCCACCUUCAUUGGGCUGCUCUCGGUUAACAGAUCUUUACCUCUCAAGAUGCAGUCUCUACAGUCUCCCAGAUAAUAUUGGUGGUCUAUCCUCACUGCAGUCUCUAUGCUUAAGCGGAAACAACAUGGAGAAUCUACCGGAGAGCUUCAGCCAACUUCAAAAUCUGAAAUGGUUUGAUCUAAAGUAUUGCAAAAUGCUCAAGUCUCUACCAACUCUCCCACAAAACCUGCAAUAUCUGGAUGCACACGAGUGCGAGUCACUUGAAACUCUGGCAAAUCCAUUAACGCCUUUGACUGUAGGAGAGAGGAUCCAUUCUAUGUUCAUCUUUAGCAACUGUUACAAACUGAGCCAAGACGCACAAGAGAGUCUCGCGGGUCAUGCUCGAAUCAAAAGUCAGUUGAUGGCUAAUGCAUCUGUGAAACGUUAUUAUCGGGGAUUCAUCCCGGAGCCUCUGGUUGGAAUCUGUUUUCCAGCGACUGAAAUACCGAGCUGGUUCUGCUAUCAAAGACUAGGACAUUCGCUAGAAAUCCCAUUGCCUCCGCAUUGGUGUGACACCAACUUUGUUGGACUUGCCUUUUCUGUAGUUGUCUCAUUCAAAGACUAUGAAGACAGUUUGAAACGUUUCUCUGUAAAGUGCUCUGGCAAAUUCGAGAACCGAGACGGUACCUUCACAAGAUUCGAUUUCACUCUUGCUGGUUGGAACGAACCGUGUGGAACGGUUAGCCACGAACCAAGAAAGCUUACUUGUGACCAUGUUUUCAUGGGAUACAAUAGUUGCUUCCACGUCAAGAAACUCCACGGAGAGAGUAAGAGUUGCUGUUACACAAAGGCUUCGUUCGAAUUCUAUGCGACGGAUGAUGAGACGAGGAAAAAGCUAGAGACUUGUGAGGUGAUUAAAUGUGGGAUGAGUUUGGUGUAUGUUCCUGAUGAUGAUAAUUGUAUUUUGUUGAAAAAGACAAAUAUGGUUCAGUUGAGUUCGAAGACUGAAGCAAGCUGUUCCUACGGUCUUGAUAAUAUCAUUGUGGUGGAUGAUGUUAGACCCAACAGACGACGAUGCCAGUUUGGUGGUGUUGAUGAAGAACCAGAUUGUAAGAGAACGAAGGAGGAGAAGAUUUUAGUGGGAUAA